CCGUUAUUUUCCCUGCACCACGCGAGCGGGUAGGACGUGUAUACACUGUCGCUGCUAGUGGGUUGCUUCACGCACAUCUUCUACGGUACACACAUAGAGACAACCAAGCAGACACAGUGAGCGAAGCGAGUUGCGAUCGAAUGCAUCGCAGCCGUGCGUGCACCAGCCCUGCCGCCAAGUUUCAGUUGUUUGUUCCCCUAUUGUUCACCCAAUACACACAAUUUGUGCGUGCGUGCGUGCCUGCUGCCGUUGUGCUCGUUGGUUUACACAUAUCCCCCAAUCGUGUUUGUGUGUGUGUAUGUGUUUCUGUGUGAGUAAAGAUAGAGGCGAAGGUAUCCAGGUGUUUGUGUCAGUGUUUGUGUGUCUAUGAGCAAAUCGUACAGUACAGUAAAGUGCGUGAAUGAGUGACUACCGCCCGCAUAUGAAGCAGGGGGUGGUUUUGUUUCCCCUCCCGUUCCAACCAGUGUUGCCAGCGAAUGCCACACAGUGACGGACGGGGAGGAACAGUGCGUGAAUGUGUGGAAGUGGCGGGGAGUGUGUGUCGCGCGCGAAUCGACGCAUGAGUACGCUUGGGUAGGGUAGCCUCCCCAGCCAGCUCUUUCACCCCGCCCUUUCGGUGGGAGUGUUUUUGUCAGGAAGGGAAGGAACACGAACUUCUUCCCCAAAGGAACUGACAAAACCAAAGCAAAGCAACACCGGAAAUUAGAGAUUAAACGGAGAGAAACAGAGGAAGCGAGUGAGAUUAAGGGAGUCAACAUACCCCGUAAGGGCCCACACAAUCCGUGCGAAAUCCGUGUGGAUUGGUGCGUCUUCCGCGAGCGCAGGCUUCAUGGAGAACAAUCUGUCAUCCAACGCUGGACCGCCUGAAAGGUCUCCCGUACACAAUCAAACCAGCCGCAUCCCAACGAACCAAAAUGGCAGUGCAGGAUCCCCCCGACAACAGCAGCAGCAGCAGCAACAGACACAGCAACCGAGGCCCCAAACGCUGACGCCCACCCGCGAAUCCCCGGCCAAUGGGUCGAUGGCGAUGCAGACGCUCGUCGUCACGGUGAACAAGGAUGCGACCGGGUACGGCAUGAAGGUGUCCGGCGACAAGCCCGUGUUCGUGGAGAGCGUCAAGCCGGGCGGGGCGGCACGCCGGGCCGGUCUAAUGCCGGACGAUAUGAUCCUGAAGGUCAAUGGAACAUCCGUGCGAGCAUUAACCCACACCCACGUGGUGGAACUGAUCAAAGCAGCAUCGGACGUCGUUGAGCUCACUGUGCAGCGUGGGAGCAACAGAAUGCAGCGCCCAUCGCCAUCGACCAACUCGAUCGCGCCAAUGACGCCGGUUGCGCAACGGAACAGCAUCACCGCUCCGCAGCCCGUUGAUUGUGCCAAGCAACGGGAGAUGGAAGUGCACAAGAUGAACACGCUGCAGCUGAUGCUCGAUCAGGUGAAGAAAAGCCGGGACACUCUGAUCGCCACCAACAAACCGCCCGUCGAGGUGGCCCGGGUCGACGCGACGAUACAGAAGCUGGAGAAGGAGCUGCAGCAAAUGCUUGGCGAGCCCGGCACCUAUCCGGCAUUCAGCCCGUCGGCGCUCAGCUCACCGCCACUGUUUCCGCAGCCGCAGCUCCCGAACAGUGCCCAAACGACCUCCACCACGCCCGCCUUUCUGUCGCGCUUUCCGCGCUCACUGUCCUCGCUGAGCCUGGGCACGAAGAAGAAAUCGAUCGACUCCAAAGAGAUUAGCUCGCCGUCGGCGGCCACCCUGUUCGGUUCGCCCGAGUGUCUUAGCCCAACGGACGGCGGUGGACCGUUCGGUGGGCUCACGUCGUCCGGCACGCCCACAAAGUCAGGGAAGAAGUACAGCGCGAGCAGUGCGGCCGACCAUCACCAUCAUCACCAUCUGCACGGCGGCGGCGGCGGUGGUGGUGGCAACCAUCACGGCCACCACCUGAACAGGAGCGGCAAUUUUGGUGGAAAACAACAGCAGCAGCAAAGUGCGGACAUACCGCCGCCGCUUCCGCAGCGCAACAACAUUCCAAAACGAGCGGACGACACGGUGGACAUGAUGUUGGUCGGGUCGCGGCGCAACAUUCUCGUCUCGGACCUCGAUCACCAGCUCGUGCUGUCGCCGGCGGCCCAGGAAACGGCGAGUUUACAUUCGGCCGGCUCGACCGGCUCGGCAAGCUCGAAAGCGAGCGGUGGCGGCAGUGGGAAAUCCUCACGUGGUAAAAAGAAAAACGGCUCAAGCGCUGCUGCGCACAGCAACAGUGUCAGCAGCAGCAACAACAAUAACAACAACAACCACAGCAGCAGCAAAGGCGGCAACGCUAACAGCAGUGUCGAUACGACCACGCUGCUUGAUGGCAACGUGCUGGCCACGGCAACGGCCACUACCGAGCUGCAGGCAGAGCCACCGCCCUUACCCCCACGCCAGCCCGGCAUGCUGGAGGUGGUGAACCAGAAUCUCAUACUGAACAGUGACAACAACGCCGGCAGCAGCAGCAGCAAUGGUGCCAACUCGACGACCGCGGCGAGCACACCGAACGGCAACAACAACCACAGCAGCGGGCGGGGUUCGCUCGAGAUGCGGCCGCCACCGAACAGCAUCAACACGCUGAUGAACUAUCCGCUCAUAACGACCUGCACCUCGGUGCGCGACAAUAUGGCGGCCGCCUUUCCGCUCUCCUACCGGCCAAACAUAGUUCACCAGAUGCAGCAGCAUCAGCAAUCGACCGCGAUGAAUCAAUCGGCCGCAGCCGGAGCUGGCGUGAACCAGUCCAUCAGCAAGAAGCACCGCCGCAUCGUGUCGUCGCCGGAAAACAUUGGCGCGAAGGAUUUCGGCAUGGUGGCGGGCGCCGAUCACCAUCACCAUCAUAGUGGGGGAUACCGGCAUCACAAGACGUCAUCCGACUCGUGGGACAAGCGGUCGGAGAUAACGCCACCGGGCACGCCACCGCCACCGUACCUGAGCACCUCGAUGACGACCGGUAGCCCGGCGGGAGGUGGUGGCCAUUCGCAGCAGCAGCAUCAUCCGCACCAUCAUCAUCACCAUGGCGGUCACCAUCCGCAUCACCAUGAGCAUACCACUGCCGGCGAUCUGGCGAUAGCGAAUCCGCUCAGCAGCAUCAACAACAAUCACCAUCAUCACCACCAACAACAGCACCACGGAAACAAUGGCACAGCGACGCACCCGGCAACGGGCCCCAACAACAUCAAUAGCAUUAACAACAACAAUGGAGCUAGCCACAUGUCCGCCUCGUACCAUGCGCACCAUCACCACCCAUCACACGGACAGCAGUCCCCGGUGGGCGCCACGAAUGCCGGAGGACCGGCGGGAGGCGUUGGUGGUGGUACCGCACCGGGCAGCAGCAUUGUGGCGGCGCAGGCGAACGUCGCCCAGAAGCCGAUCAUCUCGAUGGAGGACGACGACAUCUCGGACCAGGAAAGCUUCAUCGAGGAGAACAGCCCGUUCCGGUCGCUGACGCAGCUGCUCGAAGCGGACAAGUCCGUCUACCUGGCAGUGUUUCUCAACUUUGUGCUCACCAACUCCGACCCGUCGGCGCUGCUGUUCUACAUGAUCACGAUGCUGUACAAGGAGGGCACGGUGAAGGAUAUGCGCAAGUGGGCGUACGAGAUACACUCGACAUUCCUGGUGCCGGGCGCGCCGCUGCUGUGUGCGAACGUGGACGAGGCGCUGGCGCGCGACAUCGACGACGUGCUGCAGAAGGAAAACGACAAGGCGGAGAUACUGCGCAUGGUGUUCUGGCGCAGCCGGCUGAAGGCGAAGGAAAUGAUCAACCAGCAGCUGCAGCAGUUCCAGACGAAGCGCACGGCCGGUUUGGGGACGAUGUACGGCCCGAACGAUCAGCAGCUCCAGAUGGCCAAGGGCGACAAGGUGAAGGAGCAGCGCAUCAUCGACGAAACGCUGUUGCCCAAGCUGCAGCAGUAUCUCGAUGAACUGGAGCGCGAGUCCCCGAAGGAGGAUCCAAAGAAGUCGGCCCUUUGCUCGGCCCUGUCGACCGUACUGAUGCGGAUCUUCGUUACCCGCUGCAAUCCCGGCGGACCGAUCGACAAGGUGCACCACUUCGUGAGCCGGGAGAAAAGCUUCAAGAGCCGGCUGAUGGCCAAAAACCGGAAGCAAACGAUCCUCGGCCACAAUCUGCAUCUGCAGCCGUACUACGAGGUGACGCGCUGCAACCACUGUCAGAACAUACUGUGGGGCGUCAGCCCGCAGGGCUACCACUGCACUAAUUGCGAACUGAACAUCCAUCGGGCUUGUGCAAAAGAUCUGGUCGAGUGCUGUCCCGGGCCGGCGAUACAGAAGAACGACAGCAAAAUCACCAAACUCAUGGAGAAAAUCUCAAGUCGCAAUCAUCAUCAAGAUAAAUCUCGCCGUCACGAUGAUGAUGCGACCGCGGAUGAUACCACCAUUAGCGAGCGAGGAGCAAACACAUCUCUAGCCCGGCAGCCAUCGGACCGACGUCAGGACCUGAGUGGACAGCUAGCUAACACUAGCGGUGCCUCCGACCAUCUCAACAACUCAUCGUCCGAUGCCUACGGCUACAAACAGUCCGCCGAUGACGAUCAGUUCCGUGAGAAUGUCAAAUCCAAAUCUGCCCCCGUAUCGGUGAACCGAUCCGAAUCGUACAAGGAAAGAUCGCAGAAGAAAACGCGCACCACGCGACGGAAAACGUCCGAUCCGAGUCUCACAAAAACGGCUGACGAACAGAAUGAGGCGUCCUCGUUGGCCAACAACAACUAUUCCAGCAGUUCCACAUCUAGUCUUCCAUUGGCACUGGACAGCCGAUCGGCCUCGAUGGAGGCGGUCGGUGGCGGUGCAACGACUGCGGUCUCCUCGGCUGGUCCAGCAGGAACCGUCAGUGGUAUCAACCCGACGCACUCGUCACCGGGCGGCGUCGGCCUACCGUCGAGCGCGUCCACCACGAGCGGCGGCACCGGUGGUGGUUUGCAUGGUGGCCCGGUCGGUAGCGGAGGCAGCGGUGGACCGGGCGGCCUGAACGUUCCUACCGCCCGCGAGUGGAUCGACAGCGACGACGAGGGUACGGUCGAGCCGGAGGCGGACUGGAGCUCGAACAUCGCGCCCGAAAUACUCUCCUCGAUCGGCGACCUGGAAAAGAAGCGCCAGGAAGUGAUUAACGAGAUUUACCAAACCGAGCGCAAUCACGUCCGCACGCUGAGGCUACUGGAGGGCAUCUUUAUGCGGCCACUGCAGGAGUCCGGUGCGCUGCCGCACGACCUACUGAACCUGCUGUUUCCCCACUCGCUGAUCCACCUGAAAGAUCUCCACACUGCGUUCGAGCUGAAGCUAAAACAGCGGCGCAGCGAGCACGGCAACAUCGUACGUGAGAUCGGUGAUCUGCUGCUGACUAUGUUCGACGGCCAAACCGGUGAGGAGCUAAAGGAACAUGCGGCCCACUUCUGCGCCCGGCAACAGAUCGCCCUGGAGGCGCUGAAGGAGCGGCGGAAAAAGGACGAGCAGCUGCAGCGCAUUCUGACCAAGGCCGAAUCUCACAAGGCGUGCCGCCGGCUGCAACUAAAGGAUCUGCUGCCGACCGCGCUGCAACGGUUGACCAAGUAUCCGCUGCUGUUCGACAACCUGUAUAACUUUACCGUGCGCAGCACGCCGAAGAACGAGGGUGAGGCGCUCGCGAUCCGGAAGUCGCACGAGUCCGCCAAACGGAUACUGGAUCACGUCAACCAGGCAGUGCGAACGGAGGAAGAUAUGCAUAAGUUGGCAACAAUCCAACGCAAACUCGACAAGAGUGGGCUGGAUAAGGAAGCUGCUGUUGAAUUUAAGAAUAUUGAUCUAACCGUACGUAAGCUAAUCCACGAUGGGCCUUUAACGAUGAAGAAGAAUCCAGGUGUACAACUGCAUGGGCUGCUGUUCGAAGAUAUCAUGGUGUUGCUGCAGAAGCAGGAUGACAAGUAUCUUGUCAAGUAUCACUCUAGUCCCGGGCUCGGCGGAAGCGAAAGCAAGUACGCCGAGGGCCGCUUUAAUCCGAUCACCAAAAUCCAUCUCAUCCUGGUGCGACAGAGCGCCGUCGACAAAAACACGUUCUUCCUAAUCAACACCAACGUCUCGCAGAUGCUGGAACUGACCGCGCCGAGCAGCACCGAGUGCAAAACAUGGUUUAAGCAUAUUUCCGAUGCCGCCGAAGCGUACAAAUCACGUACCAAAGGAACGCACGAGUACGGUGAGGACAGUGCCGGUGGUGGUGCUGGUCAGCCACCGAAGGACAGCUUCGAAACCGUCACCGAGACGCAGAAGAUCGAACAGACCUCGACGCCGAUCGAGCGGCUCGAGCGCAAGGACACGCAGUGUCGGGCGGUGAGCAGCAGUGCCGGCCAUCAUCACCAUCACCACCACCCAGCACAGCCGCAUCACCCGCACCAGCAGCAGCAACAGUCACCUGCGAGUCAGCAAGCUGCCGGUCAGCCGCACCACCACCACCAUCAUCCUCAGUCCGGUGGUGGUCGAUCGGAUGACUCGCGCCUCCCGUCCGUGCCUGGUGCGCCCGACUCGAGCGGUGCCAACGAAACGGAGGACAAUCUGGAGAACGAGGAGAAGGAAAAGUUUAAGCGCAGCUCGCGGCGACACGGUUCUCGCGAGGAGUGCAACGGCGGUGGCCGAUCGUCCGACGAGGAGGAGGAGGAGAACGGGCAGCAGGAUGACGAGGACGAUGAGCGCUAUACGCGCGGUCAGUCGGGACGCCAGGGAUCGUCAAACAAUACGCGCACGAUCACGCAGCAGUGCUCGCUGGUCGCACCGAGUGAAAUUCAUGUGAGCGUAAGCGCGACGCUUACGGCGGAACCGAUCCUCACACCGGCGGAGCAACUGCGCCGGUACGAUCAGCUGAUCCAGAAAACGCUCGCCAGCAAGCAGCGGGUCGUGUGCGACAUGUUCAAGGUGCCGGACGAACACUUCCAGGCGAUCGCGGACAUCGCCGCCCAGCCGGAGGCACCGAAGGAACCGACCGACCUGGUGCUGGCCGCAUUCGCCUACGGCCAAACGUUGAUGGAGAUCGUGAGCGAGUGCAUGCGGGUGUCGGAGAGCCAGCAGGUUAGUGCCGUGUCGACCGCCGUCUGCGAUGACUGCAGCGUGCUGGCUGCUGCUACCGGUAGCACCAAGCAGUCGAACCAUCACCAUCACAUUCCGUCGCCCACCACCACCACCACCAAAGAACCGCUCAGCGAGCCGACCGUACCGACGAUAGGUGGUGGUCCAGUGCCUUCGGCAACGGCGGCUUCCGCCACCAUCAGCACCGCGACAACGGCCACAUUCUACAACAGUGCCCCGGCACCGAUCGGGGUGGUGGCGGCCCAGGAUCAGAACGUCAGCAUCACGGAGGAUGAGGACGGCUACUGUGAGAUCGAUGAAGUCCGAGCUGCGGCCGUGCUGCUGGCGGAGAAUGAGAAGGCCCGUAAGCUUACGGAAGCUGCCGCAGCAGCAGGUGGAGGAGUGGCGAGCGGUGUCGAUACGUUGGAUGAUGGAGGUGACGUUGGUCGUGCUUCGCAAUCGCCCGAGUCUCACAUAGAGAUCAAUGAGAAUUAUGACUCGACGCAGAGUCCAUCCAUGACGCAAAAAUACUCGGGAACAGCGCUGGGACCGGAGCAGUGCGGCAAGAACCGCUUACUUCACGCCUCGAAUCUCGCCCCUACCGUACCGUGCCAUCUGAUAGCGAGCUACGUGACUGGUUUGAACUCGCAAAUUUCGCAGCUCUUGCAUAAGAUUAGUGAAAAGGAUAUGGAACGAGAACAUCUGCGGCGGGAAAAUCAACACUUGCGGGAGCUGCUGAAUGCAAUGCAUCAGGAACGUGUUUUAGAAUCACAGGAAACCAACCAAGAUCAGCAGCAAAACGCACCGGGCGAUGAGCAGACGACGUCAUCAUCUCUUUCUGCGAUGGGCCCGGAAGUGGCAGCAACUCAGCCACCACCAUCGCAGCAGCAGCAGCAACAACAACCAACGUCUCCAUCAUCGGAGGAACCUUCCGGGACGACGGUAGACAACGGGAGUGCACCAACAGUGCCUACGGACUGAAGCAAUAUAAACGGCCGCCAAGAGCAGUAGCCGUGUCUAGUUCGAGCGUGACCACUUGUGCUAGUAGUGCUUAAAGCAGACAGAGAGAGAGAGAGAGAGAGAGAGAGAGAGAAAGAGAGAGAGGAGAGAUAGAAAGAGAGAGAGAGAGGAGAGAUAGAAAGAGCACAAUCGCGAUCGAAUUUGUAUUGUUUUUUUUUUGUUUUUACAGACACAGUGUUGAAAAUAUGUUCCCCAUUUUUAACACAAAUGUAGACGCAAUCGAAGCACACCCUACUCACAAACACAAACACACACACACGACAAAAACACGUCGAGAUUCGUGAAUGAAAGCAUGGUGAAAGCAAUCGCCCCUAUUGUGUUAAGGAAAAAAAAAGCGAAAUGAACGGAUGGAACCGAAGAAAAGGAUUAGUGAAAUAAAAGUAAACCCACACAGAGACAGAUACACCUCCUUUUUCGCGUAUUUACGCACGAGAACACAUAGACAACAUGUACAGAACACGUCGCUGGAGAGGAAGCGUAUGAACAGAGCCGCGCUUUAACCAGCUGAAGAAGAAUGUUAACAAUUUUAGAAGGUCAAUAUGUUUUGUAUAGUCUGCAACCGCCGCAGUAUACUAAUUGUGAGUAGCGCUUAUACAGUAUCAUUAUUUGGUCAGUGUACAUAAUGCGAAAUUCUCUGCAAACGAGCGCAAACAACUCUCUGCUUCCGCAUUAACCGCACGGUGUCGUAUGUGGCGGAUCGGGUUGUGAUCCGGCUAGCUUCUUGUAACGUAACUAGUAAGAACUGUAAAGUGACUACAAUUACAUCAGUGAGUAUACUUAUACGAUGGCAUUAUGUUCCAAUUUGUACAGUAGCUUUCCAUGUUCAUCCUUUUUUAAUCGUUUCGCCACCCUUUCGCAGUUUUCGAGACCCUGCGCUUAAACAUUCGCCUUCUUUCCGAUCGUUGUUUACGUCACAGGUGGUGUGUUCUGGCUACCCAGCCGACACGCAACAGCAUGUUGUUUCAUUCUUUUGUUCCUUCUCUGUAUGUGUGUGUGUGCGUGUGUUAUUCAGCUGCUGGAUGCCUUUAAAAGCAAAACAACAGACAAAAGUAAACGAAAUCCGUAAAACAAGUAUACGUGGAGUGGCCGUGUGUCCGAGCACAUCGAUGUAAUUGAUUUACUACUUGUACUGUGUAUGGACACAACAACACACACACAUACAUACACAACACACACACUUUAGUGCUUAUGGUUUAGAAAACGAAAAACAAAACACGAACGGUUGAACGCUCUAGCAUUCUUUUAUUAUUAUUAUUAUUAUUAUUAUUAUUAUUAUUAUUAUUAUUAUGAUUAUUAGUUAUAUUAUAUUAUUAUUCUAUUCUAUAUUAAAACUAUUACAUAAAGAAAAAACAAACAAAAAAUGAAACCACUUUUUAUUGCUAUCAGUUACUGCUAGCACUAACCGACGCGAUGCUGCCGAAACUGUUGUGAAAUCGAAAACAAAACGAAGCGAUGACAAAUUGUGCGGCACACGAACACACCAAGAAUUGAUGGUGAAACAAAGUCCCUGUGAACAACAAAUCGAAAAUGCAAUCAUUGCUUGUUUUUUCAUGCUGUGAUGAACAGGAUAAGAGAGAGAGAGAGAGAGAGAGAGAGAGAAAGAGAGAGAGAGAGAGAGAGAGAGAGAGAUGAAGAUAUUUUUUUGUUGCUUUAUUGUUUUUUUUCUUCCCUUUUUUAUUUGUAUUUUGGUGAUCGUUAUCAAGCUGGUUUGGUGGGGAAAUAGUAGACAGAAACGAGUAAGGAAUGAUACAUCAAUUGAGAAAGUAAGCCAACCGGAAGCACCUUUUAAUAAAUCAUCGGAAUUGAACAUAUAAAGAUAGAGAGCGAGGGAAAAUGCUUUUACUGCAGAAAGUGCAUCAUGUAAAGUAGUGUCAACACAACAACAGCAACAACAAAAUCAAAAACAUAAUACAAUCAUCUUGACCCAACUGGAUACACCAACUUUCAACACUUUUCCUAUUAAUCCUAUACAAAACACACUCACGACUACCUAUACAUAUAUGCUUUUUAGCUUUAGCCACAAUGGUUAAUGAAAUUUGAAAAUAACAAAAAUACAAAUCGAUUCAAAUUUGCGGCUUAGAACGGAAACGGAAGGAAAAACAAUUCGUGUAAAAAAGGUGCAUGUGAUAUAUUUAGGAAGAAGCAAUGAAAUACGACUACUAACCGGCUGAUGGAAGGCAGCUGCAAGGCCGUUUCAUGUACUCCACAUGUUGAUUUAGUUUAGUUACUAUUCAUACUGCUUUCAUACUAUAGGCUGCUUCCUCUUGUUUUAUUGUUUAGAAGUAGCUCUUUCUAUAUUCUUCUACUUCUGGAGAUCGUUGUAGUCCUUUUUACGACAUCUCAAAACAUUUACAGUCAUUUUAAGUUUUAUUAGUUAACCGUGUUGCUAAAAAGCGCCAAUCAAGCUGUUAACAAGCCGAUAAUAAGACCGGUUUACAGCGCUAUACAGAUUGCAUACUUACAUUCACUUGAAAAUUUCGCCUAAAGAUAUGCAAUUACUGUUGAUGAUCUGCCUUUUUAUCGCAUUGUUAGCAGCUUGUUUUGCGAAGCCGGAACACUUUUGAAUUCAAUUGAAAUAGGCAGUUUGAUACCAAAUUUAAGCAAGCAAGUACAGUAGGAGGUUGUAACUUUUAGUGAGAGGAUUGUUAAACCUUCGUCUCCGCAAAUGAAAAAAAAAAUUAAAAUAUCCGUAAAAAUUUAAGCAAAAAAAACUCCGAACGAAAAGUAUUAGUGAGAGAGGGAUGCCUUAUUUUGAAGACAUUUUUUGUGGGCGUUUCAAAGCUACACCUUUAUCGUAAUUGAAGAUAGAAAGAGAGCGGAAGGGUGAAAAGCAAAUUGAAAAUGAAAUUCUGAAACAAUUCAUAAACUCUGAUAUCAAUUGGUGUGGAAGUGGUUAAAGGAUUCCUAUCCUCCAUCUUGGUGUUAGGUAUGAUUUAUUUCCUUCCUUUGAGUUGCCUUUUUGCAUGUGGUACACGAUGGAAUUGAAAAAAAAAAACAAACCAACUCUCUGUGAGGAUUGUUGUUGUAGGCACUUAUCACUAAGUAGGCUAAACGUUUACACCGACUUCCAAUUACUUAGCAAUUUUGAUGUUGUACAUCCUCCGGGUAACAACAGGGGAUCGUUUCUCCGCUUGCUUGGAUGAAUAUCGUUCCAUUGAAAUGCUUUUUGGGUGUAUUUAUUUAUGCUCUACUGCUUCUUUGCUUUGUUCCUUUCUACAUCUAUUAAUUGAUCGUAGUUUAUUUGAAAAUGAAAAUCAAAGCCAUGUGAACUUUUAUUGAAUUUAUUGUUCCUACUUUCAUGAUAUUGAUUAAAAAAAGUGUUGUUCGUUUGAAUUGCAACACUAAGUAUUAACACAACAUGUGGCAACCCUCCAAUGUGCUCCUCCAACUGCAACUAUCUAUGCAAAUAAGCUUAAUCGGUAAACGACAAACAUGAACUACAAAAAUAAAUGCACACACUCAGCACGAGAGCUCUGCCACGUUGUGUGUGAUUGAUUAAAACGAGUAACAAUCUAGAGCAAACAAAAAAAUAUAAACCUUUUGCAAAAAUAAGCACACAAUCGCGACACACUCUGUACAAUAGCUGCACGCAUUUACACAUACAUAUACCGAUGUAUAUUUGCAUACUGGGGAAAACCCAAAGCGCCCCCUCCCAUCGUUAACAACCACCCGCUCGGUUUUUCUUAUCUCUUGACGCAUGUAAAGCAUUUUGGAUAAAGCGAGGAGCGGGAUGUGAGACCAUUAUCAGCUUUCCUCUUUUUCCUCUUCCCCGCAUUCUAUCACUCGGUAUAGGCAUUUAAUACAGCAACAAAAACGCACCCAACACUGCACCUCCUGUAAUACAAAGAUUGAAGGGGUGACAGCAUUUUUU